AUGUCUCGUGCGCCCACCAUAUUCAACUGUCUGAUCCGUACCCACCACAUAACCUCGCGCAAGAAGCUACAGCAUGUCCGUCGUGCGGCGAGCCAGCUCAAUGUCGACUGGCUGCUUGUUCGCAGUGGCGGGUGUCCAGGCAUCAUGUUCGCCGAAUCGCGUGACGCUGCUGGUCUGGAGGAAUGGUUAGCCACCGUCCACGCGCUACGGUACAAGGAUUUCCGCUGUGUCGCGAAACCUGCACCGUCAUGUGGGAGCGCUGUCGAGGAUGAGGAUACCAAAAAGAAGCGACAGGGAGCAGGCCGGCCGUCUGCUAAGGCCGUGGCAGACGAUUUACUAGCCACAGGGUUCUACGAGACAGAGUCUGUUGCAGAUUUCGGCAAGGAAUUGGAAAAACGAGGGCUCGCUUCAUGGUGGAAGAAAGCAAUGGGAUAUUCACCCGACAAUUGA